CUCCUUUCCAUAGGGUGACCAAUGAACUGUACCAAAAGCGUGGUUUCUGCCGACAGCUGAUUUUUGAUCAAUUAUCAUUUAUAGAGCAAAGCAUAACUAAAGCUCAUUUCAACUACAGGAAUCUUAGAGCUCACAGGGUGCUCCGAGGACACAAAGAUGUUUAAAUUUAAUUUUGAAGUGGAAGCGGAAUCUCGUGAAGAUCCAGAGGCCGUUAAAAGUCCUAUUUUCAGUAAUGAGGGCGAUUCCGAAGAACCUAAACCGGGAUACACAAAGGAUAUAGAUUGGUAUCAGGCAGAGAAAGUAAAGCCAAUAGAUAACCUUAUUUCAACACUGGAUUUCUACGAGUUGAAUGCUAAGGAAAUGGAUGUGGGAAAUAUAACAAUUCGACACCUUGUAGCUGGUUUUCUGCUGGAGGAUAUAAAAGCCCAAGCACAGUUGGAAAACCUUGAUAUAAGAAAGUCUGAGGAAAACCAUUCUGAUCUAAUAGCCGGGGUCUACGAGGGAGGUGCUAAAAUAUGGGAGUGCACAGAAAGCCUUUUAUUAUAUCUAUCCGAAGAGCAUGAAGACUCCUUCUGGAAGGAUAAAAGAAUCCUGGACUUGGGAUGUGGUUCCGGAUUACUAGGGAUAUAUGCCAUGAAAAAGGGUGCGCGAGUCGAUUUUCAGGACUACAACAAAGAUGUUUUGGAAUAUAUCACAUAUCCAAAUAUCCUGCUAAAUGCAGACGAAUCGCUAACUGAAGAUGAAAAAUUGGAAUUUUUGGACAACCAUACAACCCUAUACGCCGGGGAUUGGUCUCACUUCGCUCACCUAACGAAGGAAGUGGAGAAAUACGAUCUAAUACUUACCUCAGAGACAAUUUACAACAUUGAAAAUCAACAAAAGCUUUUGGAAACCCUUGCUGAUCGCUUAAAACCGGAUGGAAUCGCUUUGGUCGCUGCAAAAUCUCAUUAUUUUGGAGUGGGAGGGGGUCUGGAACAAUUUUCGGAAAAGAUCAAGCUUGGAAAUUUGUUUCACAUUCAAAAUGUCUGGCAGUCGGACGAAAAUUUAAAAAGAGGAAUUUUACAAUUAAAAUUUAAAUAGUUUAAUUUUGAGUUUAUUGGGGCUUUUAAUAUUAAAAACUAUCCAUAUCAGACGAGACUUUAUCCGCGAGUAUUUGCGCUGGAGAUAACAAGGCUUAAGCAAAAAUUUAAUGAUGAUAAAUAUAUUUGCAAUAUAGUGUGCGUAUAAAUUUAGUACCCAAAAGUUUUAAGAAAUGCUUAUCUUCUUAUCAUCUUAAAUGCGAGAACAGCACAGAAGGUCAAUAAUAUUCGAACUGAUCGGUUCAUACUUAUUUUGGAUGAUUAAACUUUUUUAGUGCUGUUAUUGUUAAAAAUAAAAAAUGAACGAAGCUGAAA